GUCUGCCUGUCGUCUGCUACGAAAACAAACAAGUUCGGACCUGACGCUUGACAGAUAGGGAGUACAGUACGGUUUUGUCACCUUCUUUCGCCAGAACGACCACGACCAUACUUUCAGUUGAUACCAUUUCAUCAUGAAUCGAAAACGGAAGGCAACUGGUGAGGAACCGGUGAUAAAUGCGGGGGCUCGUUUGGAUGGUGGGUCUGCACCCCCUGCGCCCAGUGGUCCACCCCCUUCUGAGAUCACCAGUUUCCGUGGGGACUACCACUUUCUCAGCAAUUUCUACAAGUCCCCUAUCGUGCAGGACGGUAUCGAGUACCCUACCGUAGAGCACGCCUUUCAGGCCGCGAAGUGCCUCGACAGAUCAAGUAAGCUCUCACUUGUUGUCAACAAGAACCCGGUCGUCGUCAAGCGGCUUGGUCGGCGCGUUCAGCUGCGUCCCGACUGGGAGAGUGUCAAGGUUGACCUGAUGCAUGAGAUUCUCUCUCUCAAGUUUGCACCGAACACUGAGUUCGCCACCCUUUUGCUGGCAACGGGUGAGGCCAAGCUGAUUGAGGGCAACAGGUGGCAUGACAACUUUUGGGGAGCUUGUCAGUGCGACAAACACCGUGUCACUACUGGUGCCAACCAUCUGGGUAAGCUGCUCAUGAGAGUGCGGGAUGAACUAAGGUCUUCUACCAAAUCUGGCAAUCGCACUCUCACAAUACCUGAUACAGUGCCAAUCAAAGAAGAGCCAGAUACUUCUCCUGCUACCCUCCCUGCCAAAGAGCAAAUCAAAGAAGAGCCAGAUACUCUUACUGCUACACUCUCUGCCUCAGAUAAAAUCAAAACAGAGCCAGAUACUUCUACUGUUACCCUCCCUGCCACACCUAAAAUCAAAGGAGAGCCAGAUACUUCUUCUGAUACCGAUCUUACCACAGUCCCAACGCCAUCCAAAGAAGAGACAGACUCUGCUGGAACUUCCCUGCCAACCCCUGACAUAGCACCAAGCAAAGAAGAGUCAAAUCAGAAGUCUGUCCGGGUUUGCAAUGGGUUGGACACAUUUGCUCCAUUUCGGUAUGGUUUUAACUUGACUCCUCCACAAGGCGGAACCAAACGUGUCAAACUCAGUGAAGAUUCGGACUGACCCAUUGCUAUGAUACCCCCCUUGCCAUCAUGACAAUCAAAGAGUUACUUAAUGUACAUUUUUUACAGUUUUAUGACAAUAAAAAUGGUCUAUGUUAUCA